UUGCGGAGCAAAAAAUAAAGUGAAUUCAUGAUCUUAGUUUUGUAAUUUAUUCUCAAGAAAAUAUUUUAUGUUAGUUUAAAGUUAUAGAUUCAACUUGAUGUUUUGAGCUAUUACAAAUAAAACCAGUUGUUAAAGUGAAAUGGUAACAAAUACAUCUGGGGCGAAUGUGCAUGGCAAUGAAUUUACAAACGUUAUUUCAGGAUUUCAAUCCUAGUAAGUUCGUGGUCCACACCUGUCUGCUAAUAUUCACGGCGCUGUUAGCUUUGAAGUUAGACAACUCAAUAACAUGGUCUUACUGGGCAGUAUUCACACCCAUAUGGGUCUGGAAGUUUCUUGUAGUCCUGGGGGCUACUGUCGGUACAUAUGUGUGGUGGCAGUACCCUCAUUUCAGGUUAGAAGGUGAAGCCUACAUUCACUACAAAGCCAUGCUGAUCAGUCUUGCCAUACAUUUGAUACUGCUGAUGUUCGAGCUACUUGUGUGCGACCAGUUGACCACCAAGCGCCACAUAUGGAUACUGGUCUUUAUUCCGCUGAUCUUCAUUAGUAUAGUCUCAAUAGCUAUAUGUAUAUGGUCAGUGAAACACGACCGUAGCUAUGAGUUGGAGCUGUUCUGCGCAGUGAACAUCCUGCAGUUCAUUUUCCUGGCCCUGAAGUUGGAUGACUUCAUCAACUGGUCUUGGGAGGUUGUGUUUGUGCCUUUGUGGAUACUCAUGUGUCUCAGCCUAGUAGGUGAGUGGGUGCUGUAUAGCAUAAUCUUCGCGGGCAUUCUGCUACGCACGCCGGAGGUCAACGUGCAGCAGCGCCGGACCAGCUUCAACUCGGCGCUGGCUUACACGUUCACUGUCGUGCCCAUUUUGGUGUUCCAGGUGCUAUUAACGAAUAAGUUGGACGACGGCCUCGCGUUGUCAUACACCGUGGUAGUCAGUCCUUUGUUCGUCAGCUACGCUACAUUGAUUAUCAUGUCGUUCAGCUCAAAAGGGGGCAAUAAAUGGUGGUUCGGCAUCAGGAAAGACUUCUGCCAGUUCCUGCUAUCAGUGUUCCCUUUGCUUCAAGAGUAUGCAAACAUAGCUUACAACAACGGCACGCGCGCGUCCGAGCCCGCUCCUGAGCCCUACCGCGACGAAGAAACCCACAAGAAAGUCAAAGAGAAAAAAUCACACAAAAACCAAAAGAAAAACGAACACAUGAAACCAGUAGUGCCUGUUACGAGCAUAGACAUGCCAGAUUGAUUCGCGCCGGGCUUAAGCAAACUGUGUGUUCACUCGUUAGUUAUAUUGUAAAUAUCGGGCUUCUAAAACGCAACGGAGCAAUAUUCAACGUUUGUUAAGUUUGGUAAACGCUAAGCUGUUCCGUGAGUAGUUGUAGUGUAAAUUGGUAAUCUAACGGUAUAGUAAUUGUAGGUUGGUUUGUUAACUUUUAAUACUGUACAGUUGUUUGUUGCAAUUAUUCGAAAGCUACACGCUAAGCUUAUUGUUUGAGUCGAUCUGACUUCUGAGUUGAUUAGGGUGUAAAAUUACAUUUAACGAAGUUUGAUAUUAGGCAUUCGUUUAUAAAAAUCCUGCUAAAAAAUUUACGACUACAGAAUAUACAACACAGGCAAAAAGUUUUGCCUCAAUGUGUGGAACCAAAUUAUUAUGAGACGGGCAUAAAAUUAUUCGUUGAUCUCAAGCUAAUGUUAAAAAUAAACAGAGAUUCUAUUAUAUUCAUUCGGAGAAACUUAAGUUGAUCUUAUUCCAAAAUAUGAGAAGCCUUCUUUAAAUAUAAUUUUACACCCGUAAUUUGUGAUAGAGUAUUAGAUAACUAAAACCUGGUCUCUGAGCACGUAGAAUUUUGUCCAAUGACCCCAAGCUACCCAUCCUUAUCGCACACUCAC